AUGAAUGUACUAUUAGGGUUAUGGUAUGGCUCUUCUCGUAAAUCUUCUCGUUGUGAUGGUGCCUUUGACUACUGGGGAAAGGGAACAACGGUGACUGUAACAUCAGGUAAGAAGUCAGAUUUUUGUUUAUAUCACUGUGACUACGAAGCCUUUGACUACUGGGGGAAAGGCACGUCGGUCACAGUGACAUCUGCUCAACCUUCUGCGCCAAAGUCAAUCUUCCCCAUGUCCCAGUGUACUUCUGAUUCUGAUGGGUUCCUCACCAUCGGCUGCUUGGCAAGAGGUUUCUCACCUGUGGACUCGCUUACAUUUAAAUGGACGGAUUAUAAUAACAAGGAUUUGAGUGGUUUCGUGCAGUAUCCAGCAUUCGGACCUGAUGGAGACUAUACCAAAAUCAGCUCUCUGCGCAUAAGAAAAAGCGAUUGGGAUCCUAAGAAACCGUACAGAUGCGAAGCUUCAAAUUCUAAAGGCACAUUACCAACUAAUAUUACUGCACCAUCCCCACCGCCAGAUGUGCGUGCAACUGUGUACUUAACAGUACCUACAAAAAUGGAGUUAGACAACGAAACAGCAACCUUCAUGUGUUUAGCCCAACGGUUUUCGCCUAAAUCAAACACGUUUAAGUGGUCUCUGGAUGGUAAGGAGGUGACAAAAGCGAUAGACAAAUGCGACAAAAGUGAGAAGAAAGGCUCAGUAACCGAAUAUAGUGCCACAAGCAUUUUGCAAAUCAGUGCCGGUGACUGGAAGCCAAACACCAAAGUUAAGUGUGAGUUCGUGCACAAGGCGGGAAAUGAAGAAAGAGAGGCCGAAUUUGCAGGUAUGAUUUCUUUUCAAGAUUGCAGCGAUAUUGCUGUUGAUAUAGUGGCUCCCUCCCUUGAAGCCAUGCUGAAAAAUAGAGAAGGAGUGCUGAAGUGCAAAGCUUCAGCAGACAAUUCAGGAUUCACCAAAAUAACAAUAACAGCGAAUAAUAAUGACAUAGCUGAGAAACCAGUAGAGGGCAACGACAAAUAUGUGGAACUUGACGCCCCAAUAGGCUAUGAAGAAUGGAGCAACGGCACUGAAUUUACAUGCACCGUUGAACACAACGAGCUAGCAGAGCCCAAGUCGACUAAGUUCGUCAGAGAAAAUGGUAAAAACCCCAAGAAACCCACUGUUUUCAUAUUAGCACCCCCAGAGCACAAACCGGGUGAACCGAUGACCCUGACAUGUUAUGUGAAGGACUUCUACCCCAAAGAGGUGUUUGUGUCUUGGCUUGCUGAUGAUGAACCUGUGACUUCUAAAUACAGCACUAGCCUGCCAAUUCAGACAGAUCAAAUCUUCUCAGUCUACAGUCAGCUAACAGUUAAUGAUUCCAAGUGGAAGAAUGGUACAGUGUUCAGUUGUGUCGUAUAUCACGAAGGCAUUGAUGAAAAAAUGCGCGUACUGACGAGGUCUAUUGAUGAUAAUACUGAAAAGGCAGGUGUAAUUAAUCUAAGUAUGAAUACCCCCGCAUCUUGCAAGGACUCAAUACGCGUCUUUAAGCCUACUAUUGCUCUGCUGAGUAGAGAGGACGGUGACAGGAUUGUGUUGGAGUGCCAGCUGAAUGAUUAUUUCCCAGACAAACUUACUGUACAAUGGCUUGAGGGUAUUAAUUCUGUCAAAGGUCAAAUUGAUAAAAAGUUACAGAACACUGAUAAAGGUGAGAAAAAGUACACUUACGUAAGUCGGCUAUCUAUCAGUGCCCCAUAUGAAGACAAAACGUACACUUGUAAAGCCACACACAACACAGAAGAGUUCAAGGAAGAAUAUAACGCGUGCAUGGAAAAGUCUUUGUUCAAACCUUCAGUCCAAGUAAAGAAAUCCCAUCUCAGAGACAUUAUACAGGGGAGUCAGGUCACGAUUUCCUGUGUUGUUAAAGCACCAGACAACACUGAAGUGUCAUGGUUGAUAAACGGUAUAAGUAGAAAAGGCACCACAGAACAUAAAGACCCGUCCAUUAAUAACAUUGUGAGCAACUUGAAUUUGUCCAGACAAGAGUUGACUCAUAGCACCAUUGUUUGUACCGCUAAACAUCCAUGUUUCAAAUUAGAGAAGGUGGAAAUUAAAGCUGAUGAUAUAAAGAAAGAUCCUGUGGUGGUGAUCAGGAGGCCUUUCGUGAAAUCAAUGCAGGCAGCCAGUGCUGUGCUGGAGUGUGUUGUAAAUGGUCUUCCCUCUGGUGAGGUCUGCAUCAUCUUCCAGUCCGAUGAUACUCCAGUCUCAGGUUUAAAUUGUGUGGAUUGGGCCCCUUCUGAAAACAUUUGGUCCUUGAUCACACAUUUUACAAUACCUAGUGAGCACCAGAAGAAUGGAAAAACUUUUACCUGUACAGUUCAUAGGCUCUCCAAAUCCUGGAAAUCCAAACCUACUGGAAACAUUUUUGGCAAUCCUACCAUAGAGCUUGCUGUUGUUCCCAGUGUGAGUAGAUCUAGUUUAGACACUCAGAAGCUGCUGUGUUCUGCGACAGGAUUCGACCCGAAAAUCAAGUGGCUUUCAGUAUCUGGUGAGAAUCCUGGGAGAGCUUUAGACGCUACAAUGAUGGAAGAUGGACGUGUGAAAGUGUUCAGUGAGAUACUGGUGCCACAGCAAGAGUGGAAUCAAGAGAUCACUUGUCAAACUAAAACUAAAACUAAAACUGCUGAGGAAAGCAUCAGUAUUUGCACAGUGAUUGCACCAUCCAGUCAGCGGGCAGAGUUCUACUUGGUGGGUCCAUCCCUCAGUAGUGUGAGAUCUGACACCUCUGUCUAUUUGACAUGUUUGGUUGUUGUUCAGAGUGUCAAGUUGUUCUCCAUUCAAUGGAAAGUGAAUGGUAUCGUUCCCAAUCCAAAUGGCCAUGAACAAGAGCCUAGAGUUCAUGACAAUGGGACUGAAAGCAAAGAAAGUAUUUUGAAGGUUUUUGUUACAGAUUGGAAUGCAUAUGCUCUCUUUACCUGUGAGGUUAAGCAUCUGUGCUCAGAUUAUACACAGGAGAAGAGAAUCUCAAAAACCCGAGACCCCAAACAACCCACUGUGAGAAUCCUCAGACCCUCAGACAGUGAUCUCUCUGGACUCCAAAAUGCCUGCCUUCUUUGCUUGAUCACUGGUUUCUUCCCAUCUGAUAUCUCCGUGCAGUGGCAACUAAAUGAGACACAGCUAGAUGCGUCUCAGUUCACUAACAGUCCUGUGGCUGCUCACACGUCAGGAGGUUUUUCAAUGCAUAGUGCCCUAAUGCUGCCUGCAUCAGAGUGGAAGGACGGCACGUUCUCGUGUGUUGUUUCUCAUGAGUCAUCCCAAAAUCCAAUCACUGCCACUAUAGAGAACUUGUAUGCCUCGUUGAUUCGCUCUCCUCCAUCUGUAGAGCUGCUGCAGGGUACUAGUGUGCCUGAGCUAGUGUGCCUGGUAUUUGGUUUCAGCCCACCUGCCAUCAACAUCACCUGGUGGCUAGGUAAGACUGAGAUGUCUGCCCACAGGAUCACUCACCCUGCAAAAGGCCCUGAUGGAAAAUUUAGCAUCCGAAGUCACCUGGAUCUCCAACCUUCAGACUGGGUACCUGGUGAGGUGUACACAUGUGAGGUCACUCAUGUUACUGGAAUCCUGUCGCCUAAUAUCUCAACGAAAACAGCAUUAUUUGAAGAGGCUAUAUUUAUGAAUGAGAACAAACCUGAAGCUAUUGCACAGGAUACAGUUGAAGAGGCCUGGAACAUGGCCUGUGCCUUCCUCGUCCUCUUCCUCCUCUCUCUCUUCUAUGGGUGCACAGCAACUUUGGUCAAAGUCAAGCCUACUUGAGCAAUAUUUUGUGUG